AUGUAUUCAGCAGCCUCCCAGCAGCCCAUGGACUACGCACUUAAAGAAACUAGUCCAUUUCUUGGUGGUGGGCAGGUUGUUGGUGGCCGGGUCAUACAUGGCGAAAAGAAUGCUAGCACUUAUGACCUUGUGGAGCGAACGCAGUAUUUGUUUGUACGUGUGGUUAAGGCACGGGACUUGCCUGACAUGGAUGUCACUGGAAGCCUAGAUCCUUAUGUUGAAGUGAGAGUUGGAAACUAUAGGGGGAUAACCAAGCACUUUGAAAAGCAAAAGAACCCAGAGUGGAACGCAGUCUUCGCUUUUUCCCGGGAUCGUAUGCAGGCAUCUGUGCUUGAAGUUGUGGUCAAAGACAAAGAUUUGAUUAAGGAUGACUUUGUUGGCUUUGUGCGAUUUGAUUUGAAUGAUGUCCCUAUACGUGUGCCCCCUGACAGCCCUCUGGCUCCAGAAUGGUACAGGCUUGUUGGUAAGAGCGGGGAUAGGUCCAUGGGUGAGCUCAUGCUUGCAGUUUGGGUCGGCACCCAAGCUGAUGAAGCAUUUCCUGAUGCCUGGCAUUCAGAUGCUGCAACACUUGAAGAUCCAUCUACCGUAACACACAUGAAGUCCAAAGUUUAUCAUGCUCCCAGAUUGUGGUACCUGCGAGUCAAUAUAAUUGAGGCCCAAGAUGUUGCUAUAUUAGAUAAGACCCGCUGUCCAGAUGUAUUCGUGAGAGCGCAGGUGGGGCAUCAACUUGGGAGGACAAAACCUGUGCAGGCUAGAAAUUUCAACCCUUUCUGGAAUGAAGAUAUUAUGUUUGUGGCAGCUGAACCAUUUGAGGACCACCUUGUUCUGACUCUUGAGGACCGUGUAGGUCCUAAUAAAGAUGAAAUGCUUGGUCGUGUCAUCAUACCUUUGGCAAUGGUUGAUAGACGCGCUGAUGACCGUAUUGUCCAUGGAAAGUGGUUCAGUCUCGAGAAGCCUGUACUUUUCUCUACCCGGCUUCAUAUUCGUCUGUGUCUUGAUGGAGGUUACCAUGUCCUUGAUGAGUCUACAAACUACAGCAGUGACCUGAGACCAACUGCCAAGCAACUCUGGAAGCCCUCUAUUGGUUUGCUUGAACUUGGUGUCCUUGGUGCUCAAGGGAUUGUUCCCAUGAAAACUCGAGAUGGAAAAGGUUCAUCAGACACCUAUUGUGUUGCUAAGUAUGGGUCAAAAUGGGUAAGGACACGGACCAUCAUGAACAACCCACAUCCCAGAUUCAAUGAACAGUACACCUGGGAAGUCUAUGAUCCUGCAACUGUUCUGACUGUUGGUGUUUUUGACAAUGGCCAACUUGGAGAGAAGACAUCUAGUGGCAAAGAUGGGAAGAUAGGCAAGGUUCGGAUACGCCUUUCCACACUUGAAUCUGGUCGUGUGUACACCCACUCGUACCCUCUCCUGGUUCUACACCCAUCAGGGGUUAAAAAGAUGGGCGAACUGCACCUGGCGAUCCGAUUUUCCUCGACAUCUCUAGUAAACAUGUUGUACCUGUACUCUAGGCCUUUGCUUCCAAAAAUGCACUAUGUGCGCCCAAUACCAGUGCUUCAGGUUGAUAUGCUGCGCCAUCAAGCUGUCCAGAUUGUGGCUGCCCGACUUAGCCGGAUGGAGCCACCCUUGAGAAAGGAAGUUGUUGAAUACAUGACAGAUUUUGAUUCUCACUUGUGGAGCAUGAGGAAAAGCAAAGCAAACUUCUUCAGACUCGUGACAGUUUUCUCAGGCUUGUUUGCAGCUAGCAGGUGGUUCAUUGGUAUCUGUUCAUGGAAGAACCCCAUUACUACAGUGCUAGUCCACAUUCUCUUUAUAAUGCUGGUGUGCUUUCCUGAGCUCAUACUUCCGACAGUGUUCUUGUACAUGUUUCUUAUAGGAAUCUGGAACUUCCGCUACCGUCCUCGUUAUCCUCCACACAUGAAUACCAAGAUCUCUCAUGCAGAGGCUGUUCAUCCUGAUGAACUUGAUGAGGAGUUUGAUACAUUCCCGACCAGCCGCAACCCUGAGAUUGUAAGGGUGAGGUAUGACAGGCUCAGGAGUGUUGCUGGAAGGAUACAAAUAGUGGUUGGUGACAUUGCAACACAAGGGGAGAGGGUUCAAGCAUUGCUUAGCUGGAGGGACCCUCGGGCCACAUCAGUCUUUGUCCUAUUUUGUUUGAUAGCAGCAAUAGUCCUCUAUGUUACACCACUUCAAGUUCUUGCUGCAUUAGGAGGGUUCUAUGUGAUGAGGCACCCAAGAUUCAGACAUAGGUUGCCUUCAGUACCAGUAAACUUCUUCAGACGGUUGCCAGCAAGGACCGACUCUAUGCUAUAA